AUCGGGGCUAUCAUCAUCAUCAGGACGUAAACAAAACAACUUCCCCGUUGCCUCUUCCUCCUCUCCUUCGGCGGGGCUCAUGUGACAGGCUUAUUAAAACACUGAAGAAGGAGAAGAAGGCCUAUUAACCACAAGAAAAGAGAGAGAAAGAGAGAUAUGCAGCUCUUCAUCUUAAGCACCGUGCUGGGCUGUGCUGGUGUGGUGCUGCCCGCCCUCCUGUACUACGUGAUACGUGCCAUCGGUGGUGAGGGGCCCAGUGAGCGUCAGAUGCGGCAGGAGGUGGUGCGCCUGAAGCAACAGCUACAGAGCAUCAGCAUGGUGGACCAGUUUGCCUCGUACGCCAGAAUCCAACGGAAAAUCAACUCCCUGAAUCAGCAGUAUAAAGCAAAAGUCAGCGAGCGUUCCAUCGGAGAGCAGCGAGUACAGAUGACGAUUGGGGGACUGAUCAAGGCCGUGGUUGGCAUGUCGUGUGCCUGGCUGGUCUGGGAGAACGUCUCAGAGCCUGUCAUUACACUCCCGGGAUCGCUGGUGUGGCCGCUGGGACCUCUACUCUCAUUCCCGUCAUGUCAGUUGGGCCAGAUCAGCGUGAUGGUGUGGCUGGGUGUGGUGAAGACAGUGUGUGGACAAAUCUCAAGUGCCCUGCCCAGCCGAGCCCCAAAGCCCAGUCUCCACUCACCGCCAACCUUCAUGCAGACUCCCACACCAGUCUCUCCACCUUUAGACUAGAUUUAUUUAUUUAUCUAUAUUUUUACCUGUAUUAUCUUAAACAUCCAGGUAUGUCGUUAACCUUUCCCGUCUUUACCAGCACAUGUUAACUCCUUAGGUAUUGUUUAUGGCCUAACCUUUUAUAUUUACUUACUUUACUGUCUCUUGUUUUUCACAUCCAUGUCCUCCUCAUCAAGGGCACUCUGUUUAGGUCCAUAUAUUUUCCCCUUGGUGCCCUUUCAUGGAUCUCAAUAAUAAUGAUAAUAAUAACACUGAUUGAAUUUCCAUGUUAAUUUAUUGCCAAAAACAUCCAGGUACGUCUUCUGAAAGGUGUUUGCCUGUUCAAAUAGGUGAAUGACAUAUAGAUAGUUACUUGAUUCUUCAGGACUCGGCCAUUACAAGGGACAAGUGUGCCAAGUAGUUACAGUAAUGUCGGGAAUCUCAUAAAUAAUCCUGAACAAGCUGAAAGUUGGUGUAAGUUUUUCAUGCUGUUAUCAGGUGCCUCCAAUAAACUAUCCUCUGGACAAA